AGGCCCCGAGGCUUAAUAACACUCCCGGAGGGGGCCAGCACUACACUGCCACAUACCUGCAAUCUCCCCUGCAGAGAGGCGCUCAUAUAAAGACACUGGGCGCCAUUACAGACUCCCUGCUCCCACUGACCCAUGUAAGGGGCUCAUAUCUGACUGCAGCUGCAACACAAACUCAGACACCUUCAACAUAUAAUUGAGCUCCCUCGGCCGUUGCACUGAGGGGUGUGAGGCAGAAACUCUAACUACUAGCAGUUAUUUAAAUAGCCAUCUCCCUGCACUUGAGAGCUAUCUAUAUUUUGGAACUAUAAACCUAAGGAAGCUGAUCACUAACUUAACUCUGCUACAGCUUACCUGCUCCAACAGAGCUGACCUUGCACACAGUUGGACAAACUCCCCGAAGCAUUCCAUAUCUCUAAGUUACACACAGACUCUUGUGAAUAUAAUCUUCCUACUCUUCUGCAGUACUUACAACUCACCAGCGGGGGGAGCCUAAACUCCAUGCUAUGACAUUUCACCUCUGCAUUUACUGAGAGAACUCCCCGUCAGCAUUGCCUGGGGAAAUAUAUACUCCUGGUCUUCUAACUGUACCCCCUGAACUGUAUUGUAUGGUUUAUAAGCUCUUCAAAUUCAAUGCUUCACUACCCACUUAGUGCAUCAGUAUCUGCCACUGAUAUCUUGUUAUAUACUUGACUGUAUGACUUCUCAUUGUCCAGUCUGUGACACCAGUUCUGUUCACCAGGAUACUGUCUCCUGCAUUAUCAGCAAGAAGUUUAUCUACUCUCAGUGGACCCUAAAUGCAUCAUUUAUAUACUGGAUUAGCACUUAUUAAUAUUUGCACUUCAAAGUAUGCCUAAUAAAAGGGCAAAGAAACAAACCCCUCUCAAGCUGACGGAAUUCUAUUCACUUCGGAAUAAACCAUCCACUCCAGCUUCAUCUGAUAUUGAACUACUUGAGUCACCUUUGACAUCAUUUGUUAUACCAGACUCCCAGCUCGAUAAUACACCUCCAUCUAAGUUUUCCUCCUACUCGGAGUGCUUGAAGACUACUUCUGAACAUUCACCUGCACCGCUGCAAAUCAAAUCCCUGCCUUCUCCCAUAAUGGCAUCUGGCAACACAUUAGCGAAGGACAAUAAGGAUAAUUCGGUUCUGCCCCUUGGGAAUGAAAAUACCAUCCGUUCCCUGUUCCAGGAAUUCAGGGAAUCCUUGCAAAAAGACUUUAUGUCCUCAUUGAGCUCAUUAACCAAAGAAGUGUCCCAACUGGGUGACCGCACAGCCCAUCUUGAAGACAAAAUGGAGAAAUUUACAGAAGCGCACAAUGCUUUAGUCGAUAUACAGAAUGAUACUACUGAUGAUAUGCAUGCCUUACAACUCAAAAUCUCAGACCUGGAGGACAGGUCAAGACGGAAUAACAUCCGCUUUAGAGGAAUAUCAGAGGAAGUGUCUAAUUCGGAACUAAGAGAGUUCCUCAUGGACUAUUUUAGCAUCCUGACUCCGAGUGUUGAUGCACGAGACAUGAUUAUAGACAGGGUGCAUAGACUCCCAAAACCACCGCAGCUGCCUCGAGACAUACCAAGGGAUGUCCUAGAUAGGAUCCAUUUCUACCAUUACAAGGAGGAAGUCAUGAAUGCUGCCAAAAAAAACUAAAACGAUUCCAGAACGUUUCUCUAAGAUCUCCCUUUACGCUGAUCUCUCUGCAGCCACCCUUAAACGCUGCAGGGCUUUCUCCACCUCCACCACGAUCCUGAGGGAGGAGGGGAUCCUCUAUCGUUGGGGGUUCCCCAUGAAACUCUUGGUCAGUAGAAAUGGUGCCACUUCCUCCUUCCUCACUCCGAAAGAAGCUUUGGAACAGUUGGCAAAUGGUUCCCGGACUUGGUUAAAAAAUCUAUGACAGAAUCACCAACAAGGAAGCCUCCUCCACUUCACCAAGAAUGGACUGUGGUGGGGCACAACUCCCCUGGGACUUCAUCCAGAGACUCUCCAAGAUCCCGAGACAACCAUCAUCCUCCACCUUAGGGGGUCCACUAUGUGUGCGCGGACCUUUUCCUUUGUAGAUGGCUGUUUCUAUUGUGGUGGACCCUCCACUGCGGUACGACGCACCAAGAGACAGCAUGCUGAUGGAUAAUGACUCCACAUUCUGAGACUAUGGGGAAGGGGGGGGAAGCCUGAACCUGACUUCUAUAAUGUGAUGCAAGCGGUUAGUGGAAUUUGUGGUAUUUCAGGGUCGGACUCCUUUCCCCUCACUAUAUUAA